AUGCAGCCGUCUCCGUCUGCGGCCUCGCGGGUCCCCCCCGGGUUCGCCCGGCCGCUAACUGUGGGCGAAAUUCCCCUCAUGGCCGGCAGCAGCCACAACAAACAUCCAGAGGCCCCUCGGAAGUCCAAAGCAACUUAUACAAUGCUGCUGCCGAGCAGCAGCAGCAGCAGCGCAGCAGCAGGGCUGCGGGGCUACCACGGGCUGCGUUUCCUGCGCCUGAAGCGGCUCUACAGCCGCCAGCUGCUGCAGCGCUACUGCCUGCUGCUGUCCGUGGCCCUUGUGGGGCUGCUGCUGCUGCUGUGGCGGCAGGUGACCCUGCCGCUGCUGCAGCAGCUGCAGCAGCUGCGCCACCAGGGGCCCCUCCUCACCUCCCCCGAAGACAGGGCCCGCUGUGGGGCCCUCCAGGGGGCCCCCCGGGUGUACGUACAGGGGGCCCUGAUGAGUCUGGCGAGUGCGGGGCGGCGGGAGCUGCUGCAGGACCUGUGGGGCGCGCAGCGCCGCGGCGCAGCAGCAGCAGCAGCAGCAGCAGCAGCAGCAGCGCCGCUGACGCUGCAGCAGCACGACGGGCUGAUGGCCUUCUUCGAAAGCCUCGCGAAGGCCCUGCAGCUGAAGCAAGUCCAGUGGGCCCUGGGGGGCCCCACACUUGUGGGGUCUCUCAGCCGCCACAGUUUGCUGCGAGAAGAUAAAGAAAUAAAUCUUUUAAUUUCCGAAAAAGAUAAAAAGAAAGUUCGAGAAGCUUGCAGCAUCUUCGACCCCAGCAACGAGCUGCUGCGGCCCCAGGCCUACUUGCCCCAGGCCCUGCUUGCCUGGCUCGCAGCCACCAAGGCCAAGCCCAAGGGCGUAGGCUUGUGGGCUCGAAUUGAGUGUGCAUGGCUGAGGUUUGAAGAGCAGGCGGUGAACUCCCCCUACGGACUGAUAACUCUGGACACUUCUGCUGCUGCUGAUCAUUUGUCUUUUCCUGAACUUCGAGUUCGAAUUUAUUGGUUUAAAGAAGUUCGAGAAAAGCCCGCUGGAGCUGCUGCAGAUUGGGAGCCUUACGCGGAGAUAACAGCAGCGCCAGCAGCAGCAGCAGCAGCAGCAGCAGCGGGAGCAGCAGCAGCAGCAAAGCCCACAGUCCCGCUGCAGCAGCUGCUGCCAUUCGUUGACAGACCUCUCGGGCUGCUUUCUGUGCCAUCCCCCAAAAACCCUUUGUUUUACCUCAACAGGUUUUACAACAGUGCAGAUCCUUUUUGUGCUGCGCUGCAGCAGCAGCAGGAAGAAGCUGCUGCUGCUGCUGCUGCUGCUGCUGCAGCACCGGGGGACGCCGGCAGCGCCGCCGGCAGCGCCGCCAGCAGCAGCUGGGGCUUCCUCUCCUACUUGCGGCUGCCCUUCAACCAGUGCAGCAGCAGCAGCAGCAGCAGCAGCAGCGGGGCCUCAAAACCUGCUGUUAGACUUUCUCCAAUUUCCGAAAACUGCCUCAAAGAGUCUUUCUUUUUCGGCGGGGAGCUGCAGCUCGAAGUCUACACGAGGUUGGUCCGCGUCCUGUGGCCUGUCUUCUUCUCCCUAUUUAAACUGCGUGUCUGUAGCAGCAGCAAACGCCGCGGAGCUGUCUAUACACUGUUCGGUUUCUCGCCACAGCAGCAGCAGCAGCAGCAGCAGCAGCAGCAGAUUGGGCUGGGGGCCUCCUCUGCCAUCAUUUCCGCAGCAGCAGCAGCUCCGGCAGCAGCAACGCCACACAUCAGCCGACAGCAGCAGCAGCAGCAGCAGCAGCAGCCCAUGGCAGCCCAUGAACCCACGUGGAAGGCUGCUGCAAGGGGGCCCCCCGAGGCCCCUCCUCCCUCCCCUGUGACGGGCCUGGACCCCCAGAAGGAAGCAGCAGUGCGGCUGCUGCUGCAGGAGCUGCAGGCGGAGUUAGCAGCAGCACAGCCGGGGGGCCCCCCUGGGCCCUGGGGGCCCUUGGGGGCCCCCACAGGGGAUUCGGGGGCCUCUUUUGGGGGCCCCCUGGGGGGCCCCCAGGGGGCACUGCUGCAGCAAACGGUUCCCCCCACAAGUGAUGCUGCUGCUCCUUUCUCUUCUUCUGCUGUUUUGAGGGCCGCUUUGUGGGGUCCGAGCAGCAGCAGCAGCAGGUGCAGCAGCAGCAGCUGCAGCUGCAGCUGCUGCAGCGGCGCCAGCAGCAGCGCCACCAGCUGCCGCAGCGGCUGCUGCAGCAACUGCAGCAGCAGCAGCAGUUCCACCACUGUCACCCCUCCGGCUGCAGCAGAUGAACUGCUCGAUGCUGCUGCUGCUGCUGCUUCUGGCGCCCCAAGCACUCCUUUGUCAGCCUGUAGUCUCAAGACAGGAGCAGCAGCAGCAGCAGCUGCCGCUGUCGCAGCAGAAGCAGCAACAACAGCUGCUGCGGCAGAAGCAGCAGCACCAGCACAUGCAGCAGCAGCAGCAGCAGAAGCGGCAGCAGACGCGGCAGCGUUUGUGGAAACAACUGCAGCGGCAAAAAAUGCAGCAGCAACUGAAACAGCACAGGAAGCAGGUGGGGCAGAGGUAGCAGCAGCAGCAGUCGCAGCAGCAGCAGCUGAAGCAGCAGCGGAAAUGUCAGCAGCAGCGGGAACGGAAGCCUCCGCUGCAGCAGCAGCGGAAGAAGCAGCAGCAGCCGGAAAAGCAGCAGCAGUGAAGACUGAAGCUGAAACAGUGCUGCAGCCAGAAAGAGCAGCCGAGGAAGCAGCAGCAGCGGAAGCAGCAGCAGCGGAAGAAGCAGCAGCGGAAGCAGCAGCAGCGGAAGCAGCAGCAGCGGAAGCAGCAGCAGCGGAAGCAGCAUCAGCGGAAGCAGCAGCAGCUGAAAUGACAACAGCAUCCACAGAGGCAGCUGCAGCCGAAAUGAAAGCAGCAGCAGCAGCACAGGCAGCAGCAGCCGACACCGCCGCGGUGGCGGCAGCAGCAGCAGCGGAAGCAGAAGCAGCAGCAGCAGCAGAAGCAGCAGCAGCAGCAGAUGAAUGGGAAUGUCAGCAAAUUCCUGAAGAAAAUGCUGCAGUGGCUUGGCCCUAUGUCACGAAGCAGCGGCAGCGGGUCUGGGGGCCCUGCCGCUACUCGUUUGCUGCAGCAGCAGACUGCUAG